UUAUGCUUCUUUUUCCUUCCCAGGCUGUAGAAAUACCUGUGCAAAUGGACAGUUUCCGAUGGCCCUGGGUAAAUCCUUGGUUCUUUAUGGAACCAAAUCAUUGAAGCUGCUCCCUGGAGGAUCAACGAUCAUUUCAGACUUGAGGAACAAGAUUACAACACUGUCCUUUUUACUUACCUCCCUUUAUGCCCUAAACACACCCACAACCUCCCCCUCCUGGUUUAUCAACCUGUUCUUCAUUCUUUCAAGAGAUGUUAUUGCAACUUCCUUGUUAUGCCCAAGUGAAAAGAAAAGAGAAUACAGCCUAUCAUGACUUCAUUAGAUUCUGCCAGGAUUUUAGACAUCAUUUAAUCAUGCUCCUGCCCAGUUCCUUAGUCAAAUAGUGCAUAAUGCAGCUCUUGCCCUGCUAACUGCCUUGCUCAAAGCCUAAAUGUUGAAACUUAUGCAAAUCUGCAUAUUAUCUAUCUUUAUCUAAAUGCAGGUAUUUGAAAACAGGCAAUAAUCCUGCCUCCCAAGUUUAUCAGGAAAGGAGCUUAAGAGAGAACAAAAUUCAGCCUGUGUCAGAACUCUCAGCCCUGGGAGGUGUGUUUUACAGCUCUUGACCUGCCAUAGGACUUCGGCUGGGACCCACGGAAGGACAUCAGAAGGAAACCACUCAAGACAUUGACAGUGUCCCGGAGGGUACUAGCCAUGACGAAGACAUUUACGUGCAUGUACCAUAUCCUUGUGUUGAACUGGUUUAUUUUCCUCAAUCUUUACAUCUCACAGUUGGGAAGGAAAAAGGAUGGAUCCAGACUCUUUGCAAAUGGGGGACAGUGGAAGUAUUUGACGAUCCUUAAUCUGCUCUUGCAGAACAUUUUCUACGGGGUCGCCUGCUUGGAUGAUGUGCUGAAAAGAAUCUCAGGGAGAAAAGACAUUAAGUUCCUAACUGCCUUCAGAGACCUGCUUUUCACCGCACUGGCUUUUCCUAUAUCCACAUUUGUAUUUUUGGGAUUCUGGACCCUCUUUCACUACAAUCGAGAACUCAUCUACCCCAGGGUUCUAGAUAGUAUAUUGCCAGUGUGGCUGAAUCAUGCAAUGCACACUAGUAUAUUGCCCUUCUCGUUGGUUGAAGUCAUCCUCAGGCCGUAUCGCUAUCCAUCAAAGAAGACAGGACUCUCCUUGCUGGCUGCCAGUGCCCUUGCUUACAUCAGCAGGGUCCUGUGGAAUUACAUUAAGACGGGUGCCUGGGUAUAUCCUGUGUUGGAAAAAUUCAGCCCUCUGGGUCUGGCAGCCUUCUUCUUUCUCAGCUACAUCUUUACUGCCAACCUAUAUCUACUUGGAGAGAAGCUCAAUCACUGGAAAUGGGGUGACAUGAUGCAGCCACAGAAAAAGAGGAAAUGAUCACACGCUGUUUUCCAAGAACCAAGAAGGAAGAAAACAUGAGAGCUUUUUCUCAUCUUUUUUUUUUUUCUCUUGAAUGAGGGAGGUGGUAGAGGUAGAAAAGACAGGGAGUGGUAUUUACAUUUAAUAAGAGUGUUAUGAAAAUAGCUUAAUUUGAGCACUGUUGGGGUUUUAAAAGGUUAACUGCACACACCAAAAACAACUCCUGCUGUCUCAGAAUUUGUCUCACCUUGAUAGAGGAUGGUCUCUGAUUAAAUUCUGAACAAAAGCUAAAGAAACUUACAUAAACUUGGUGGUCCAGGAUGUUUAGAGACAAAAGAACUUAGGGUCAUUCAGACUCUUCAAUUUACAGAGGAGGUUGCUGAGGAUCUACAGGAGGAGUUACCUGCAUAAAGCAAAAGGGUUAGUUGGUGUCAAAGCCGAGACAAUAGCUUCUGUCUCUUAGAUUUCCUAACUCCCAGUCCUGGGCCAUUGUUAAUAAUUUCAACUUCUCUUAAAAAGAAAAACCAAAACACUUUAGUAAGCUAGUUAUUAUGUGGAUUACUCAUUCAUUUUUAUUCAUCAAUCUAGAAAUAUAGGGAAAUGGCUGCUACUGAAGUCAUCUGUCUACCUGGAAAUUAUUUGGGGCAAUUAAAAAGUAAGUUAUAAAAAAUAUUGGGAAAUCUGUCCCUCCUGGGAGCAAACAUUUGAGCAAGUAUAAACAUUGAACACAGUGACAUUGCCAAACUCUUCUAUUCCAAUAUUGACUAAUUUAUCAAAUACAUGUUGGACUUUUACUUGGAGAAGGCUCUGGAUGAGAAGUGAAGUGAUUAUCGAGGCUGCUGAGAUUACACGGGUACUUUGGGGAGUGUGUGGUUUAACAAAACUGAUUGUCAGGUGAUAAAUAAGGAUUUGCAAACCUUGUUUUGAUUUCCCUAGUAGUUUUUUUCCUGGUGUUUAAUUGUAGGCACAUUAGAAAAAAAAAGCACUAAUGACAAACAUUUAAUGGUGGUAAACAUAUUUGGGUCUACUCAUGUGUUCACCAGGCUCACAUGGGCCAGAGUGUGAACACUGGAGUAAAUUGUAGCUGAGCUUCCCAACCUAACACUAUGCAGGAGAAAUUUGGUUAAAAAGGACACUAAGAGCAAUCUUGAAGGUUUGGAAAAGAGGGCAGCAUAUCUCAAUAGGGAAGGCAGGGGCAGAGCACGGUGUCUCACAUCUGUGAUCUUAGUACUCUGGAAGGUCAAGGCAGAUGGAUUGCUUGAGCUCAUGAGUUCAAGACCAACCUCAGCAAGAGCAAGACUCAGUCUCUAAAAAAUAGCUGGGCGUUGUGGCAGGUGCCUGUAGUCCCAGUUACUCAGGAGGCUGAGGCAAGAGGAUCACUUAAAAACAAGAGUUUGAGGUUACUGUGAGUUCUAAUGGCACGGUACUCUAUCAAGGGCUACAAAGUGAGACUCUGUCUUGAAAAAAAAAAUAGGGAAGACACAGGAAGGCCAGGGAACGUGCCAAAAAAUGCUCAGGCCCUACUCCUUUUCCACUAUUCUAUUAAUAUGAGCCUCAAGUCUUUCUCGGGUAGAGCUGGCAAUACCACGUCUUGCCCUGCACCUGCUGCUGCCUUUUAACUGCUCAGAGCACCUGGUCUCAGCAGGAACCCAGAAACAGUUGUCAAAUGGAAAUUCCCCAAAUGGGAAGCCCGCAGGGGAUCACCCAAGUUUUCCACACCCCAAAGAUGACUCGGGUUGCAUAGUUCUCAUAGUCAUAGUAAGCUCUUGGCUAGGGAGAGCCUGCAGAUUUCUAUUUGUGGCUUUACUGUCCCUAGGACCAAAUUUAACCCUGACUACAGCACGCCUCCUACACUAAAACUAUCUCAGGACCAUUUUUCAUUGAGUACAAACCUAAGCACACAAGUGCAUCUUCAGUGCCGCUGUAGUUUAUGAUAGGAUAAGCAACUGGGCACCUGUAAUAAAUACUGACUAAACCUCCAUUAAAAAGUGCAUAGUGUGUGAUGCCUAUGUAGGGAUGUGUUAGACCCUUAAAAGUUAGAAAAUUACAAAUACAGAAACCAAAUAAUGAUAUCAGCAAUAAUAUUUGUACAGUGCUCAUAAUUUAUAAUCACUCUCACUUAUUUUAGCUUCACAGUUUUCUUGUAAGUAGGAAAUGUAUUAGGCUUUUAUUUUA